AACAAGAACAUCCACCCUUGCACUCGGCUCUCCUCCUUCCAAACACCACCUCACCAGCCCAUCAUGUCUGCGUGUUGCUCCGCUGCGGGAGUGGCGCUCGCGCUGCUGGUGGUGCAUGGCGCGUGUGUGCUUGGUGAAGUGGUGAUGGUCCAGGACAAUUACGGCACGCUGCACAUCAACACGACGGGCGGCGAAGACGAGUCAGUGUUGUUCAACGGCAUGGACGUUGGCAAGCUGUUUGAGAUGGUGCAGGCGCAAGCAAGCACCCUCAGCACCCUGCAGACCCGACUUGAGGCGCAAGAGCAGUACACAUGCUUCCUGAGGCGCCCCGCCGCGGAUGCCAGCACCAUGCCCAGCGUUGGCACCGCCAACUCCGAUUGGCUCGGCGGCGUCUUCAACCUGGAGGACGGCCUCGUCUACGGCAUCCCACACCGCUCCACAUCUGUGCUCAUCAUCGACCCCGCAACAAACACCGCGGACACCACAACCAUCACCGGCCUCAGCUCAGGCGACAGCAAGUGGGCGGGCGGGGUCCUGGCUGCAAACGGCCUCAUCUAUGGGCUCCCGUACAACGCAGAGACGGUGCUCGUCAUCGACCCGCGCACAAAGACGGCCGAUGCAACCACCUUGGGUGGGAUUGCGUCCGACGCUGAGAAGUGGCGCAGUGGCGUUGGUGCCGACAACGGCCUCAUCUACGGCAUCCCCUGGGGCGCGUCGUCCGUCCUCAUCGUUGACCCGGUCACCAACACCACCGACACCACCUCCAUCAUCGGGCUCGGGGGCGGAGGUCUCAAGUGGUACGGCGGCGUUCAGGCCGGCAACGGCCUCAUCUACAGCAUUCCCCGCAGCGCCGCAGCAGUUCUUGUCAUCAACCCAGCCACUAACACAGCGGACAUCACAACCAUCUCCGGCUUGUCCGGCAGCAACAAGUGGUACGGCACCGUGCUUGCAGGCAACGGCCUAGUCUACGGCAUUCCGUUCAGUGACACGGCAGUAAUCAUCGUCGAUCCAACCACGAACACCACCGACACGUCGACCAUUGCCGGUCUGUCUGCCACGGGCCAAAAGUGGGCUGGUGGUGUGCUUGCAAGCACCGGACACAUCAUCGGCAUCCCAUUCUCGGCGUCAUCUGCGCUUGUCAUUGACCCUACCACCGACACAGUUGACGCUACCUCACUCUCUGUUCCGGCUGGCUCCUCCCAGUGGUGGGAAGGGACACCGGCCAGCAACGGCCUCAUCUACGGCAUUCCGUCCAGUGCCGAGGGCGUCCUCAUCAUUGACCCUGGCUGCUGA